UCCUGCUCACAUCCACAGCCCUUCUCCGGCGUUUGCGUUUCCUCUAACUUCUCCUUAUCCUUUCUCUGCUACUUUCAGCUACGACCCAAUCUGUCCUAUGCUUCAGUUCAAGAGUGUUUUUUUCUCCCUCCUCCUCUCUUCAAAUCCUUGAUCGAGAACAAUAUCACUCGCACUCGGAGGAUCGAUGCUUUCUCCUGGCUAGGGUUUCAUGGGCAAUUUGUGCCGCGGAAGCAAGAGCCGCGACGAAGACAGAGACGCCAAGCCCUCCGAGCGACCGGCGUCCCAGAACCAGCACCAGUCCGCGCCGAGCUCUGUUGUCGACGAUUCCCCUAAGAAGCCCCCCAAGCAGCAGCAGCAGCAGCCUGCCCCUGUCGCCGUCGUGAUGAGGCGUGGCUUUGAUCCUAGCAGCAGCUACGUGCUCGGGCACAGGACUCCCAACGUCCGGGAACUCUACGUCAUGGGGCGGAAGCUGGGGCAGGGGCAGUUUGGCAUUACGUACCUCUGUACCGAGAUCGCCACCGGAGUGGAGUACGCCUGCAAGUCCAUCCCCAAGCGGAAGCUGGUGUCGAAGGAUGAUGCGGAGGAUGUGAGGCGGGAGAUCCAGAUCAUGCACCACCUCUCCGGCCACAAAAACGUUGUCACUAUAAAGGGCGCGUAUGAGGACUCGCAGUCCGUGCACAUCGUGAUGGAGCUGUGCUCAGGCGGGGAACUCUUCGAUAGGAUCAUCGAGAAGGGGCAUUUCAGUGAGCGCAGGGCGGCCGAGAUCAUUCGAAUUAUUGUCGGGGUCGUGGAAGCCUGCCAUUCACUCGGGGUCAUGCAUCGGGACCUCAAGCCGGAAAACUUUUUAUUGGUAAAUAAAGACGACGUCACCUCCCUUAAGGCCAUUGAUUUUGGCCUCUCUGUGUUCUUCAAGCCAGAUCAAAUUUUCACUGAUGUGGUUGGAAGCCCAUACUAUGUUUCUCCCGAAGUUCUCUGUAAGCACUAUGGACCAGAAGCCGAUGUUUGGACUGCUGGUGUUAUAUUGUACAUACUCCUAAGUGGUGUGCCACCUUUUUGGGCUGAAACACAACAAGGAAUAUUUGAUGCAAUUAUGAAGGGAGUGCUUGAUUUUAACUCAGCUCCAUGGCCUUUGAUUUCUGAAAGUGCAAAGGAUCUAAUAAAGAGAAUGCUUUGCUUUCGUCCUUCAGAACGAUUGACAGCCCAUGAAGUACUAUGUCAUCCAUGGGUUUGUAAGCAUGGGGUUGCUCCUGAUCAAGCACUAGAUGCUGCAGUUCUCUCCCGUCUGAAGCAAUUUUCAGCAAUGAAUAAGUUAAAGAAGAUGGCUUUGCGUGUUAUAGCUGAAAGCCUUUCAGAGGAAGAGAUUGCUGGACUUAGAGAAAUGUUCCAGGCAAUGGACACAGACAACAGCGGGUCAAUUACAUUUGAUGAACUUAAAGCAGGUUUGAGAAGAUAUGGUUCUACUCUGAAGGAUACAGAAAUACGUGACCUUAUGGAAGCUGCUGACAUAGACAACAGUGGCACCAUCGAUUAUGGUGAAUUCAUUGCUGCAACAAUACAUCUCAACAAACUGGAACGUGAAGAACAUCUGUUGGUAGCUUUUUCAUAUUUCGACAAAGAUGGGAGUGGUUAUAUUACAGCUGACGAGCUUCAGCAAGCUUGUGAAGAGCAUAACAUGGCUGAUGCUUCUCUUGAAGAUGUCAUUAGGGAAGUGGAUCAGGAUAAUGAUGGUCGCAUUGACUACAGUGAAUUUGCUGCUAUGAUGAGGAAAGGAACUAUGGGAAUAGGCAGGCGGACAUUGCGCAACAGUUUGAACGUGAGCAUGAGAGACGCACCAGGUGCUUUAUGAAUAAUUUAAUAUGCAAUGUCUGCCUCAAAAACUACUGUGGUUUUGAAAGUCUGUGAUGAUGGAAACAAAAAUGAUUGCGCCGGAUUUUAUUAAGUUGCACGAAAACACUGUCCUAUUUAUGAUUUCAUUGUCCAAACAUCAUCGUCUACCAAUAGCAGAUCUCUCUAGUUUCAAAACAAUAGUUGAAACAGUAAUAAUAAAACACAUCAUUCAAUCAAAA